AUGAUAGCUUCCUACUCGAAAUAUUAUCUCGUUGCACAGAUUCUGCCAGGAUGUAUAUUGGCAAUUGCUGUGGAAGUGAUAGCUUUGAAAGAUCUGAAUGCUGAAGAAGAGCUGCUGAAUCUAGACGUUGACUUGCUAAAUUGGAGUAUAUUUACAGGACUAUUCUGUAAUUUAGCAUACUGUUUCAAUUUCUUCGUCUACUACAUCAACAGCAAAGAAUAUCGCGCUAUAUUCGACGAUCUUCUCGGAAUCGGUCACGUGAAGGCUUUGCUCUGCCGCAGAAAGAAAAUCGGUGAUCAACAAGUAGCUUCCUUGCCGAUUGCACGUCCAAGCAACCAUGUCACGGUCACUCAUAGAAUUUAA